AUGUCGUUUGACAGUUUCGAUCUGGGCCAAGACCUAAGCACCGUCUCCCAGAUGGACCAGAGCAAUUCUCCGAAUGCAUCCUUCGGCAUCGACGCCAGCGACCCGCUCUUCUACGUCUGCUGGCGCCGACAGUCCUGUAGAUGGUGCUUGGAGGGCGACGCGGCGUGCAGUUGGUGCGCGGUGACCUCAACAUGCGUCCCUAACUCCGCCCAUCUCCCUAUCCUCGCUCCCCUGGGCUCGUCACAGAUCUGCCCUCUCGGGUCCAAAGAGCGCUGGGAGCUGCGCGCCCUCCCGUUCGGAUGCAACGUCAGCACCAUUACGUUUCUGACGGCCGUGGGGUCCGUGCUGAGCACGCUGGCCGCGAUUGCGUUGGGGAUGCUCGUGGGGGAAGUGGAGGGAGAGGGUUUGGGGAUUGGGUAUGGGAAGGGGAAGGGGGAGAGACGGCUAUGA